CUCAACGCGCGCGUGCGUAAGAUGAAAACGUAGCGGAGAUUUCAACGGUCGAUCAAGAGACGAACCCGGAAAAGCUCCAGUUACGACCAAAAAACCGCGUUAAAAACCGAAAUUAAAGCGAUUACCCCGACCGCAAGACUCAAUUGAAAAGAGAAGAAUCCAACCAAAAAAUGUUCAGUGUUAAAAACAGUGUCUGACGGUGUCAAGAAUGAGUUGUUAGAGGAGACGAAACGUGUUAAAUAAAAAAAAAACAAAAAACGAACAUAAAAAGUGGAAGAAUGCGCCCGUUGUUGUUCUUGCCGCAUCACCGGUCCUGGUAAGAUACCUUUAAAACUACACUACACUAAAUAACCAAUCGGAAAGUGUCAGAAUAAAUAACGCAAGAAAGAGAUAAACAGUUGCCAGAUGUCGCCCCGAACAAAAAAACUCUGGUCCGUGGUGAAAUGGUACGGCUGUCCAGUUACCAUCGAAAAAUAAAUACUGUAGGUACCAGAAACAUGAAUCUCCUAUUAAAGCUCGCACAGUAAAUUUCGUUUCUGCGUGACGGACGGUAUUGAUAAUAAUAAAAAUCAAAAAAGUGUUAAGUGUUAAACGAAAAAGACAAAUGCACAUCGAAUUACCACCACUCAAGAUCAUGCAGGCAUCUACCGAGUCAUCAAACGUUCUGGCAUCGUCGGUUUGUGAUAAGCAGCAAAAUUCGUCAGCCAAAGGUUCCGAGAUGCCUAUCGCCGCAUCGUCCCACAUAAACCUGGCGAUCCUGCAGGAAAACUUCUUGCAAAGGUCCAUCCAAAACGUGGCACUGUCGUUACAGAACGCCAUGAUGAAUUCCUUGCAGCAGGCGGCCUUAUUACCCCCCAAUUCGGCAGCAGCCGCUGCCCUCAAUCUGCAAGCCCUCGAGUCAUAUUUAACCCUCCAACGAUUAACUUCGGUUUCCGCAAAUGUGAACGUCAACAAUGGUAGAAUCGAUAUCCUCAAACUAGCAACCAGUAACGCUAAAAUAACCGAAGAAUCCAUCGCGAGCAACGAAGAAAAUGCUCAAAACACAAGUUUAACCGAAGACGUUGACUUAGCAGAAGAGGUCGAAGAAGACUUGGCCCUUUUGGACAGCGACGAGACCCUUAGUAACUUCCAGAUCUCCAAUUCGCCGGUAGACACGAGUUAUCCAAGUUUAAUUAUGAACUCUUUGUACCAUGGAUCCCCGUCGACAACGUCUUCUACAUCUCCUUCGUCGUCGACAAGUACGACCACGUCAACUGUAACGACGUCUUCAGCGGUCACCUCGACCGUGACGACGAAUACGAAACAAAAGGGGUCGUCCAGGCCCAAGAAACAGUUCAUCUGUAAAUUUUGCAGUCGACAGUUCACCAAGAGCUACAACCUGUUGAUUCACGAACGAACUCAUACGGAUGAACGACCCUAUUCAUGUGAUAUCUGCGGGAAGGCGUUCAGGAGACAGGACCAUUUAAGGGAUCACAGAUACAUACACAGUAAAGAGAAGCCCUUCAAGUGCGUCGAAUGCGGAAAGGGUUUCUGUCAGUCGCGCACGUUAGCAGUCCACAAAAUUCUGCACAUGGAAGAAUCACCUCACAAGUGUCCAGUUUGCAGCAGAUCGUUUAACCAGCGAUCGAAUCUCAAGACACACCUGUUGACUCACACCGAUAUCAAACCGUACAACUGUUCCGCCUGCGGAAAGGUGUUUAGGCGGAACUGCGACCUGCGCAGGCACAGUCUGACCCACAACCUAGGCACCGGAAAUAACGCGGGAAAUUCGAAUGCCGUCAACAACCAGAACUUUAGUAUAGACUCCAUUAUAAGCGCAACCGCUGCCGCGAAAUAGUCUGAAACUAUUCACUAGAUGGAAAUGUUAAACGACAAGUGAAACAAAAGUGAGUGCAAUGUAAACAAUUAACGGAGAGAAUUUGUAAGAAGUAUUAACACGAAUUGAAAGAAAACGCGAUGGUUUUUCUUUUUUGUUCGAUUUAACUUAUGGGCAAAUAUAUCAGCCCAAGUUGUUGUUGUGUAAAGAUGAUUUAGCUGCAUUAGUGUACUUGUAAUUAAAGCUGUACUGUGUUGUAAGAAAAUUAAUAAAU